AUGGACCAACAUGGACCAUCAUGGACCAUCAUGAACCAUCAGGGACCAUCAUGGACCAUCAUGGACCAACACAGACCAACACGGACCAUCAUGGACCAACAUGGACCAUCAUGGACCAUCAUGAACCAUCAGGGACCAACAUGGACCAACAUAGACCAUCAUGGACCAUCAUGGACCAUCACGGACCAUUACGGACCAACACGGACCAUCAUGGACCAACAUGGACCAACACGGACCAACAUGGACCAACAUGGACCAUCAUGGACCAUCAUGGACCAUCAUGGACCAUCAUGGACCAACAUGGACCAACACGGACCAUCAUGGACCAUCAUGGACCAUCAUGGACCAUCAUGGACCAACAUGGACCAAGAGGAGUUGACGUGGGUCAACAUGGGUCCACAUGGAUGGACAUGGACCAUCAUGGAUCAAGAGGAGUUAAGAUGGGUCGACGUGGAUGGACACGAAGCAACAUGGACCAACACAGACCAUCAUGGACCAUCACGGAUCAACACGGACCAUCAUGGACCAACACGGACCAACAUGGACCAUCAUAGACCAUCAUGGACCUUCAUGGACCAACAUGGACCAUCAUGGACCAUCAUGGACCACCAUGGACCAUCAUGGACCAUCAUGGACCAAGAGGAGUUGACGUGGGUCAACAUGGGUCCACAUGGAUGGACAUGGACUAACAUGGACCAACAUGGGCCAACAUGGACCAACGUGGAUGAUCAUAGACCAUCAUGGACCAUCAUGGACCAUCAUGGACCAACAUGGAUGAUCAUGGACCAACACAGACCAACAUGGACCAACAUGGACCAUCAUGGACCAACAUGGACCAAGAUGGACCAACACGGACCAACAUGGACCAUCAUGGACCAACAUGGACCAACACGGACCAACAUGGACCAACAUGGACCAACAUGGACCAUCAUGGACCAUCAUGGACCAUCAUGGACCAACAUGGACCAUCAUGGACCAUCAUGGACGAUCAUGGACCAUCAUGGACCAACAUGGACCACCAUGGACCAUCAUGGACCAUCAUGGACCAUCAUGGACCAAGGAACAUGGGGGAGCUCAGCCUGA